UUUAGUCUGUGUGAGGCGUUUUGGGGGUCGCGGCGCCGUGAUAUGUUGGCUUAUAUGUUUCUAGUGGCUUACAAGACGCUAGCUCCACGAAAUAGCGCGUCGCGGAAGCGCACACGACUCGCACACGACUCGACCAGGCAGUCUGAGGACUCGCGAAAGCAGCGAUAUAGCUGCGUCGGUAGCUCCCACAGCAAUACAACCGCCGUGCGGAGAAUCGCACGAGCCGUAGAAGCCAAUCAGCGCCUGCUACUGUCAUCCCGCGGAGCCGGACCGCACGGACGCGGCACGCAGCACACGUUACGAAUAGCUGCGCAAGAGCCGUAGCAGGCGAGGAACCAAUCCGCUUGCUGUUCCAUUCUCAGCACGCGCGCCGCGACCGGACGCGGAGCGACGACCGACCGCCAUUAUGGCCGCCGCCCCCCCGAAGAAACGCAAGACGGCCCCACCCGCGUCCUUCAGCGAAGGCGACCGCGUCGAGUGCUUCUUCCGCGACUGGGAGCAGUACUUCCCCGCGACGGUGUCUCGGAUGAAUGAUGACCUCACUUAUGAUGUGGACUACGACGACGGCUACGCGGAGAAGAAUUUGCCGGCGAAGCUCUUGAAGCCGCCGAAGCCAUUUCGAGUGGGCGAUAAAGUAGACGCUAGAUUCAGAGGGUGGCGGACGUUCUACCCCGGUACGAUUGAUAAGGUCCACAGCGCAUCUCUAUAUGAUGUCGCUUAUGAUGACGGCUACACGGAGACCGACGUCUCCUCGAAAUACAUACGACCUAGAUUGGAAGCCGCCAAAGCACCACAAGUAGUCACCUUCGAAUUUUCACCUGGGGAUAGAGUAGCAGCAAGGUACCAGGGCGGCCGGAAAAGAUACGCUGCCACAGUAGUGGCCCAGCGCCACGACGGCACGUAUGAUGUGGCCUACGACGACGGCGACGCCGAGGGCGGCGUCGAGGCGCGACUCCUGUCCGCUCUCGCCAAAGAAGUGGAUGUUCAGGCGAAGAGCCAAGGGAGGACUUUAUCCGAGGCCGCCGGCGAACUUCGAGUGCUCAUCUCGUCGUCUUCUUUUAAGCCUACGAGGGACGCGAAAAAAGUCGAUCAAAUUUGCGAGUCGUGGGGCGCGCAAUUGCGGCCGACCGCUACCUCCCUAUUAUUGCUGUGUGCUUGUAGAUCUGAACUGACUACAACCGCCAAGACGUUGGUGGAGAAGUGCGACGCUCUAGUGCAUGAAGAACAGGCCGACGGCUUGUCUGCUGUGAAAGUCGCGCGGAUCGCGGGCAACGAGCGCUUCCUCAAGGCCCUCUGCGAAGAAUCUACGAAUGAUCGGCCGACCUGGGUUUUACUGGAAACGGAGCCGGGCAAGGCCCUGGCGCGGACGGCGUCGGCGAAACGACUCCUCAGAAGGCCUUCGCUGGGACCGGAGGUGAGCAUCGAUGCAAAUGAUCGAGCCGCGGCGAGAGUUGUCGCCGAUGCUUUAGUGCUGCGCCAUGCUCUAGGAGACGCGUCGGAGGCCCUGGCGCGGUCGUCGGUGGCUAGAGCAGUGGCCUUUGACGUUUUUGCAGUUGACGCCGUCGAGAGCUGUCGGGACGCCGUGGCGGCCUUCGUCGACGCGCUGCCCGGCGCGUUGCACACGCGGGAGCGCGGCGACGUCGUGAGUACUGUUCGGAGGAGAGCGGCGCACGUCCUGGGGGCGUUGGGUGCCGCGCCGAAGCGGCCACCUCGACCAGAAACGUGGCCCUCGAGAUGUGUGCCGCCCGGGAUCUACGGGGCGGACAGAAACUUCGAAAGUGUAGACGUCGCCGACGGUACGUUGCGGGACAAGUUGACCGUACGACCCAUGGCGGCGUCGUGGGGCGGCGAAGAUGAUUUGGAGGUGAUUGCCGCGGAGAGGAUCGAGGCGGGCGAAAGCGCCCCGUACAGCGGCAUCCUCGGAAAGGCCAACGAGCUCGCCACGGCCACGAAGCUCGCGCCAAAAGAUCAGAUGGCGUUCUGGCGGUUCUUGAUUUCAGUCGACGACGACAUCGUGCUGUUGCCGUUCGUGGACCCGGAGACGAACCCCGUCUGCUUCAUCAACGACGCCUUCGGGCCGGCUAGAAGUUCGCCGGACGACGAGAUCUGGCCGAAUGUUAGGUUCCAGGCGUCGGGCGAAGGAGCGUGUGUCGUGGCUUUGAGAAGAAUAGAAAAGGGCGAGACGCUCUGGAUUGAUUAUGGAGACGCGUCCUGGGCUGUGUGGAAAUCAAUCAGUGAGUUAGGUUAUCGCGGUCACGGGGACGAAGUCGCGUCGAUGGCGUCGGGCGCCCGAACUUUGAUUUCCACACAGGUUCUGGGCCUUCCGCGACGACCUCGACGACGUCUCCCGAAGACUGGUGGACGCGGGGUCCGUCGUGCGCCACCUCGAGGCCUGGGCCCAGGCUUUAAAUGAUCUGCCGCACGACGCGGAGCUGCCGCCUUCAUUAGUAAAGCGCUUGCGCGGCGAGUUCACGGUGUCCCAGCGCGCGCUGCGCGGCGAGCAGAACAAGGGCGGGCGCCUCCGCGAGCCGACGGCGCUGUCGCUCGCGCGCGACGCGCUGCCGCGGUCCUCUUCCUCGUCGCCGCGGCCGCCGCGGAAGAGGGCUCGGUCGCCGACGCCGCCGGCCGAUGCCGCUCUGGAGGCCAUGACGGGCGCGCAGCUGCGCAAGCUCAUGGCGCGGCAAGGCGUCGGCGCGGCGCCCGUGGCCUGGGCCGCCGACGUACGUUCAUUAUUGAGAGAGGUCCGGGCCCUCGAGGACGGCGCGGAGCGCGUGAGCCUCGAGGACGUCCGGCCGGCGAUCGCGGCCCGCGGCUUCACGUGGACCGGCAGCCUGCCGCUCAACGGCACGCGAUGCGUGAUCUCGGUGCCGCCGGCGUGGCCCUGCUACUUGGAUGCGUGGGGCGCGGACAACUCGCACGCGCGCGGCUGCAAAAAGUACAUCCGCUCGAUGGCGAGUUUGGUGGGCUACCUCGAGAAGUGCCUGGAGCUCGCGCGCGACGGCGUUUCCGUCAGACUCGAGGGCGACACCGCGGCGAGCGACGACGAGGCCAACGCCAGUGACGACGCGACGCCGCCGUCCGUCGCGCCGUCCCAAGCGGACGAGGCGGAGAUCGAGCAGGCGCGCGCGAAGCUGCUCGGGUUCCUCGAGAAGACCUGCGGCGCGCCGCGGGAGGUCAUGACGAGGGCGUCGCGCGACGUGCGGAUUUCGGCGACGCGCCGUGCGGACGUCGGGGAAUUGAAAGGGCACCUGGACUACUACUACCACUUGGCGGGCCACCCGAAGCAGCUGCGGUCGCGGCGGGCCGUCGCGAGCGCGCUCGGGCUCAGCGGCGACUGGUGACGGCUGCCUCGUGGGCACCCCCAUGUAAUUAUUGUGAAUUAUAGUCACUCGUGUGGAAUGAAGCGCCCGUCCUGAUAAGUGAGGAACGAAGAUCAAAACGGGUUUUACAGCCGCAAAAAACGACGCGCGUAGCUCGUCACGUCCUUUCACCCACGCCGAGUAUAGUUGGCACGCUCGAAAUCUCCUAGCGACCCUCGGCGACAGCCAGGCGUCUCGCAAACCAUUGAUCAGAUCAGAGAGCUCUAAGAGCUCAAGCUCGCCAGCGAGCGCUUUCAGCUAGCCGAGCGCGCGCGCUUUACUCGCUCUGUUAUUAGUGAUGUCGACCGAGCCCGCUGCGUCGGCCGGACCGCCCACGAUGGAAGACACAGAGCCCGCGGCCGCGCCGGCGGCGACGGUCACCGAGCCGGCGACGACCGCCGAGGCCGAUCCCCCAGCACCCGUAGCCGACGCCGCGCCGCCGAAGAAGCGCCGCGUGAAGCAGCAGACGAUAGGGCCUGGAGCCCCGACGGCCGACGCGCCGCCGCCGCGCUUCCCGCCGACUGAGCCGUCGCUCGCGACGACGCGGCCGCCGCGCUGGACGCACGAAGAGGAAACGAGCCUACGAACGCUCGUCGGCGAGCUCGGAAACGACGCGUGGGCGACCAUCGCCGCGCGGCUGGGGACAGGCCGGACGGCGAACGGCGUCGAGGUGAAGUGGAGAAAACUCAGGGCCGCGGGCUUAGCGGCGCUACCGCCGUCACCGCAACAAGUCAUCGCACCGCCACUCGACAGCCUCCAGAGCCUGCCGCCGCCGCCGCCGAGCGCGCCCGACGUCACGGCCGCCCCACCUGCAGCUGCACCGGCGCCGGCGGCCGAUGAUGACGCCGGCCAGUUGGUGCCGUCUGACUCAGGAUUUCGUCCCGCCGCGGUGACGGCGCGGUAAACGCGCGUCUGCUGGAUUUGCGCGUCCUGAAGAGGACAGAGGCGUCUCCGCGUCUCUUUGUACGGUUGGAUCCGUAUUUUUGUGUUUUGGUGUUGAUGGAUGCACGUGGGGGAACCAGUGAGAAAAGGUAAGUCAUCCGACGCCAGCCUCCUAAAUCGCCCCGAUCAGGGGCGCAAUCCGGCAAAAACGUCAUUAACACGUAGAAAGUACCUCUGCACUUGCAUUGUUCUCGCAUAGCGCAAGCCGACGCCGCCGACGCGCGCAAAGUUAGCUGCAACCGAGCAGGUCCCCGA